AGAGCACUUUAUUGGACAUCGUGUCACUUUGAGUGGAGCUAAACACAAAAGUAUUUCAUGCUAAAAACCAGAGAAAAGGGAGUGGUGACAAUGGCUCUUCAAGGGCUUGCAUGGGGGAUCAUUGUGAUGAUCGCACUCUUCUCCAAAGGAGGUGACUCACAACUCGCCUGUGCCAUCCAUAACAACAGCGGGAUCAUCGGAGGGCAAGAUGCGUCUCCAGGAAAUUGGCCCUGGAGUGUCAUUUUUACCUCAUUCGCCAAGCUCUUUUGUCAGGGAUCUCUGAUCACCGACCAGUGGGUGCUGACAGCUGCUCAAUGCCAAAGAUACUUCCUUUUUGGUGACACAGCUUUGCACUUCGGUGCCACCAUUCAGUCUGGAUAUGGUAGCGUGACUCGGAGAAUUGCCGAUUUUGUCUGUUACGAAAACUAUACCUUGCACAAUGAAAACGACAUCUGCCUUGUGAAGCUGUCGGCUCCGGUCAACUUCACUGACUACAUCCGACCGGUGUGUUUGGCUGCAGAAAACAGUACUUUUUACAAUGGAACCAGGAGCUGGGCCAUUAGUUUAGAAACGUUGACUUCCCCGUCUAUCCGGGAAAUCAAUCCAUCAGUACUUGGGAACACAAAAUGCAACUGCAUCCACAAAAAGGUCGGCUAUACCUAUCCAAUAACAGAGGACGUGAUGUGUGUUGGAAGCGAAACUGUUUCAAAGAAAAAGAUUGACGGAGAUGAAGGCGCAGCUCUAGUGACCAAGAAAGACAACAUCUGGGUCCAGAGUGGGAUUCUGAGUUAUACUGAUUACUAUCAGCAGCUACCUUCUGUCUAUACUCGUGUGUCCCAGUACGAAAAAUGGAUCACCGACAGAGUCACUGGCAUGAAGCCAGGCUUUGUUACCUACACCUCCCCAGGCAUCGACAGUGACUUGAAUUUCACCUGUCCCCCACCUACAACUACCACUCAGCGCCCCAACAUUUCCACUCAGCGCCCCGACGUUUCCACUCAGCGCCCCGACGUUUCCACUCAGCGCCCCGACGUUUCCACUCUGUACCCCAACUUUACCACUCAGCACCCUUACUUUACCACUCUGCGUCCUACCACUGAUGACAGCAUAUUUGGCGGUGGUGAAACUCUGAUUCCCAUCGCUCGCGUCUUCCCUCUCUCUGCUCUUGUUCUGUUUCUCCAUCUGUUUGUUGGAGGUGCUGGAAACUAACUCAUAACUUUCACUCAUGCUGCACUCUAGUUCAUAACCAACUCUUCAUUAGAAUCAAAAUGUUGAUAUUGUUCGUCUGAUUUAGUCUCAUUUCACAAAUUAAGAUUUCUACAAAGCAAAUAAAGGGUGUAAUAAGUAUCUGAUCAUUAAUUUAACAGUUCACUCAUAAAAUUGAAAAAAUUGCUUUUAUUUCCCUUCCUUUACAUUGUGUCAGUUAUAUUUGCCUGAAUGGCAAAUGUCAAUUAAAUCUCGAGUGAUUAACACAAUUUUGGAAUUUUUUACCAAUCACUGGAAUUACUUAAAUAUGAAAACAAAUGCUGAUUAGUCAUAAAUGAACUGAUUAAAAUAAUUUAAGGCUGUA